CGCAUCCUUCACGCCGCAUUUCACGCUGGUCCCGAUCAGGUAAACGGCAUCAAAACUUCCAACGAACGGGGACUUUGUCUAGAACAUGGGACAAAUUGCAUGGUUUACAAUGCCAGGAAAACAGCUGAGCACACAUGGAUGAGUUGUCAACGUCGCUGUCCGCCACCCUCAAUGUAAAAUACAGCUCAUUCGGCGGUCCCUCAGCGUUCAAGUCUCUCUUCCAGGAUCUCUGGUUCCUAGCCUCAAACACAUCAGCAUGCAUCUGAAUCUCCGCACUGCCACGGAUGAGGAUCUCGAUCAUCUAGCCACCAUCAUGUGUGCCGCCUUUCCUGCGGAUCCGCAGUGGGACUACCGCUUUCCGCGCCGCAAGGACUAUCCAGAAGACCACUAUAAGGCCACGCGUGAGAUGUGUGAGUCUAUGCUGAAGGAAAAAGGCGUUUGUAUAAACGUUGUCACCACACCGGUCAAGAUCAAAGGCAAGGAGUAUGAGCGGCCAAUAGCACUCGCUGUAUGGGAACUGCACUAUGAAAAAACCAGCACUUUUACGGAUGUUGUCAAAUGCGCUCCUCGCCGAGAUGCCGAUCCCAAACGGAUGGACGCAUUCGACAAUGCCACCUUAAAGGCGAAGACUGAGUAUUUCGACCAUGUCUAUGGUGACCAACAAAUUCAUCUCCGUAUUCUGGGAACGCACCCGGACUUCCAGCGAUGUGGUGCUGGUUCUCAACAUUGCCGUUGGGGGAUGAAUUUGGCGCAUAAGCAUGAAGUUCCUGUCACCAUUCUCAGUAGUCCACUCGGACAACAGCUGUAUACACAUCUUGGCUUUGAUCACUUAGCUUACUUCCCAGUUCACGUGCAGGGAGAAGAAGAGCAAUUAUCGGUGGGAGUCAUGGUCAAACAUUGUGGUGGGCAAUAUAUGGCCGCUUCUCAGGGCGCUAAGUUAUUGGCGUGAAGGCAUAAAGCAGAAAGUUACAUAAUAGAUCCCCACGAAUUAAUGCUUUCUAGUCUCAUUGACACAAGGCGAUAAGAGGCUGUAUCAGGGUCUCACC